AUGGGAUUACCUUUUCAAUUUUUCUCAUUUCAGCUAGCAGUGAAAGCUCUUCAACAUCAUCGUCUAGCAGUUCGAGUAGUUCAUCUGGCCGCUCUUCGCGAAGUCGCAGCUCUCGACGCACCUCCGGUUCUUCUCGGCGCUCUUCGGAUCGUUCUAGCCGCUCAAGUCGCCGCUCUAGCCGCCGCUCAUCUCGUUCUGAUACAAGCCUUCGCCGUUCGUCUGGCCGUUCCAGUUCAAGCCGUUCAUCACGGCGCAGAUAAAGGAAAGAUGAGAGGAAAUUCUAGGAUGAAGAACAGUAAGUAUAUAAAAUAUAUAAAGAGAAUAUAA